AAUUAGUUAAUCAUUUUUGAUAAAUGGGGGAAAUAAGAGUUAAUUCAGAGUGCUGGCCAAUAUGUUAAAGAGUAAUGUGUCGUGUAGCGUGACACUAGUACUCAGUACUACUGGCCAGAUUACUGAUGUAUGUAUUAAGACCGUCAUCGGAAUAAAGACUGUCAGUCACAUGAUGUUCUAUGCUCUCAUUCCUCAAAAGUCAAUAUUUAUAGGUUAUGUAUCAUUUCAAAUUCUUUACAUAAUUAUGAAAAAUACAGAAGCUGAAGAAAACAAUCCAUGUUUAAAAGAACAAGAAUUAACUUAUAAAUGUUUUCAUGAUAACAGUUUCGAUAAAGAAGCAUGUCAAUUACAAAUAGAAAACUAUAAACUUUGUAAAUCUUUUUGGUAUUCAGUUCAAAAAGAAAGGAGAAAACAAGGUGUGAGACCAGUUAUGCCACCUUUAUCAGAGCGGGAUAGUAUUAAACGUGAAUUUUUUGCCAAGUUUCGACAGCAGCAGUAAUAGUUUAUGUAAAUUUUUGAUAGCACGUUUUCCAAAUGAUCCACCAUCAAUUAUUUUGUACUACUUUUCAACAUAAUACUGGUAACUAAAAAAAAUCAAUAAAGCAUUUAAAUUGCAGUUUCCAAUUCAAAAUAUUAAAAUUAAACUGUCCAAGGCAGUAAGUUCCAAAGUUAUAGAUGAUUUGUUAUAGUUUUUGUAAAAAUGAAUAUUUUAUUUCUAGGAAUAAAAUUUAUGUACAUAGAUAAUCAAUUAAUCUUUUUAGUUAUGUAAAUAAAAUUAUAGUUUUCUCUCAA